AUGAAAGAUAUGAGUAUAUCAGGAGUCAAGCAUAAGGUCGCGACACCAUACCAUCCUCAGACAAGUGGUCAGGUGGAAGUGUCGAACAAGCAGAUAAAGGUGGAGAUUGAGUACAGAGCGCUUUGGGCAAUCAAACUGCUCAACUUCGAUAUCGGGUCCGCUCAAGAGAAGAGGGGUUUCGACUUACAUGAGUUGGAAGAGAUCAGGCUGGAUGCAUAUGAGAGCUCCAAGAUUUACAAAGAACGGACUAAGGCAUUUCACGACAAGAAAAUUGUGCCUAAGGUCUUCAAAGUUGGAGAAUAUGCGCUGCUUUUCAACUCACGAGCUAAGUUGUUCCAUGGGAAGCUCAAGUCCAAGUGGUCAGGCCCGUUUGAGAUUAAGGAAGUCCUUCCUUAUGGAGCCGUCACUUUGCUCAACCAGAAUGGCGAGGAGUUCACAGUGAAUGGCCACAAGCUCAAACCGUAUUUGGGCCAAUGCAUUCAAGGAGAAGGAGUCUCAACUCCUCUUCCGGAUGCUCCCUUAGCCUAA